CGCUGGGGUCUCUCCGCUUAGUUACCGCGUCCUAGCGCUGGUCCCGGAAGUAGGCUGUCCACCCCGCCACCCGCCUCCCGCGGUUUCUGCUCCUGGGCGGCGACGGUCGCCACGGUGGCGGCCACUGCAUCUCCUACCACCUCCGCGGCCCUGGGCGCGGUAUCAGCGGGCCCUGGGACUAUGACGGGCCAGGGACAGUCAGCGUCAGGGACGUCGGUGUGGAGCACGAUAUUCCGCCACGUCCGGUACGAGAACCUGGUGGCGGGCGUGAGCGGCGGGGUCCUGUCCAACCUCGCACUGCACCCGCUCGACCUCGUGAAGAUCCGCUUCGCUGUGAGUGAUGGAUUGGAACUGAGACCAAAAUAUAAAGGAAUUGUGCAUUGCUUGACUACCAUUUGGAAACUUGAUGGACUACGAGGCCUUUACCAAGGAGUAACCCCAAACGUGUGGGGUGCAGGUUUAUCCUGGGGACUCUACUUUUUCUUUUACAAUGCCAUCAAAUCAUAUAAGACAGAAGGAAGAGUGGAACGUUUAGAGGCAACAGAAUACCUCGUCUCAGCCGCUGAAGCUGGAGCCAUGACCCUCUGCAUUACAAACCCAUUAUGGGUAACGAAAACUCGCCUUAUGUUACAGUACAAUGGUGGUGUUAACUCCUCACAGCGACAAUAUAAAGGAAUGUUUGAUACACUUCUGAAAAUAUAUAAGUAUGAAGGUGUGCGUGGAUUAUAUAAGGGAUUUAUUCCUGGGCUGUUUGGAACGUCACAUGGUGCCCUUCAGUUCAUGGCAUAUGAACUGUUGAAGUUGAAGUACAACCAGCAUAUCAACAGGUUACCAGAGGCCCCGCUGAGCACAAUAGAGUAUAUAUCUGUUGCCGCACUCUCCAAGAUAUUUGCUGUAGCAGCCACAUACCCGUACCAGGUCGUGAGAGCCCGUCUUCAGGAUCAGCACAUGUUUUACAAGGGCGUGCUGGACGUGAUCACAAAGACGUGGAGGAAAGAAGGCGUUGGUGGAUUUUACAAAGGAAUUGCCCCCAAUUUGAUCAGAGUGACUCCAGCCUGCUGUAUUACUUUUGUGGUAUAUGAGAAUGUCUCACAUUUUCUACUUGAUCUUAGAGAAAAUAAAAAGUAAGCUAGAAGAAGAUAAUUUCAGUACAUCUGCUUAAGGGAGCAACUGUUCCUUUGUGUUUGAGAUGUAAACCUCAGAAGAAGACUGCACAGCAACGUGGGUCACAUGGAAAUCAGUCUGUAAUCAUUAGAAGUCAAAGAACUGCUAAGACUUUGCAAUGUUUUUCCGCUUUUUGCCUUCUCCAUUUAUAUGGGACUUGGCUACCUCGGCCAGAAAUGGCUCCAUCGACACAAUAGUAAAACUGACAUCAAGCGGAGAGUUUCACAAAUUUCUGUAUUUCCCUGUUCACGUAGAAGCUGAUUAUAGCAUUUGCUAAAUGGAUUA